AUGUUCAGCUUCUUCCGAAAAAGUCAAGAGUCAAAGAAGGUUACAGUGCCAGAGAGAGAAGCAGAUGGAUUUGUUAUUGUGGGUGACACAAUUGAUGAUCAUAACAGAGAAUCAAAGGAUAAAAUUUCAUUUCCAGAGACCAGACCAAUGUACAACCAACCUCCACAGCUAAACACAGGGCACAGAUCACAGCUGACUACAUCAAGUACAGAGGUGGGAAAUGAAAGGAGUCAAAAUUUGGAAAGCAGCUCUUUGAUGUCAGAUCUUCUGAGUGAUGUCCCCUUUGCCCUGGCACCACAUGUGUUAGCAGUGCAGGGCAGCCGUAACGAUGUUCCUGACCGGCUGCUCACCUGCGACAUCAGUGAGAAUUUAUCAAGGUUUUGGUAUGACUUUACGCUUGAAAAUUCAGUGCUUUGUGACCCAUAA